GACGCAUACCUUUUAUCUUCAUAACUGGCGCAGUCGUAAAGUGAACAAGCAUCCUUUCUCAUCCCGGUUUAUCCAUCCCUGAGAGCAUAUCAGCGGAGUUCCAGAGAGAAUCAAAGCGAAGGACACAAAUUGCUCGAGAGCGGAGUGCGUACAAGCACGGAAUUUGCUGAGAGACAGCGUACCACCUACGAACAAAAGAGAAGAGACUACAUCGACAGACAACUACAAGCACAAACAAAGCGUGUAAGUAGAGUGACACGAGUGACAUAAAAAGUGCAAAAUCCACCACACACGAUGAAUCAAGAAAAUAAUUUCACCCAAGAAGAGCUCUUCGAACACAUAAGGCGUUUAACCGAUACACAGAAUAGCCUAGUCGAAGAAAUGAAUAAGAUGAGGGCGGUUGUAAAAGACGAUCCAAUGCUUUCCUUUAAAACGCCAGAUCCUAUAAAAAAUUUACCAAUAUUUAAUGGUAACAAAAACGAGACACAAGCUUGGAUAGAAGAUACCGAAGCAACGCUUAAUCUAUUUGACACCUAUAAGGGCACACAAACGUACGAACUUAUUGUUCGAGCAGUGAAGAGCAAAAUAUUAGGAGAAGCGAGAGAAGCUUUGAUAGCUGCAGGGAACUUUAACACGUGGCCAGAGAUAAAAGAAACGUUACAGAAUUGCUUCGGUGAAAAACGAGAUCUCACGUCAUAUGUUCAAUCACUUUUUUACGAACAACAAGGGAAUAAAACGCUAACGGAGUUUUAUCAAACCCUAAAAAAACUCGAUACACGCAUAAAAUCUGUAACUGCAAAUACCGAAGAUUACAAAGAUCCCAGCCAGGCAAUGAAUAAGUUCAUUAGCUUACUAACACUAACGCGUUUUGUCGAUGGACUAGAUGGUCCACUAGCGUCGCAUGUUAGAAGCUGUAAACCGAUAAAUUUGGAUGAGGCUUUUUCAGUGCUAAAAGAGUACACGAACGCGGCGUAUAGAAAGAGUUUAACCGGUUCACUCGAACUAGAAGAUGCCAACACACUUGACGAUAUUGUGCUAGCAACGGUAGUAGGCGGAGUAUCCGUAGAUUCUUCACCAGACGACAUGACCGAGGGUAUGGUACUCUCGCUGUUGUCAACAUAA